AUGGCCCUUGACUUCUUCGCCGGAUGUGUGGGAGGGUGCGCCGGUAUUGUGGUGGGAUAUCCUCUGGACACAAUCAAAGUUCACAUGCAAACACAAGACUACCGGAACCCGAGAUACAAGGGCAAUUGGGAUUGCUUCCGCGCGAUCUUUGCGAAAGAAUCGGUAGGAGGCCUUUACCGAGGGAUGACAUCGCCGAUGGCAGGCGUAGCAGUGGUGAACGCCAUCAUCUUUGGUGUAUACGGGCAAACCCAAAGGCACAUACCCGAUCCGGAUUCUCUCACCUCGCACUUCGUCGCUGGUACCGUGGCUGGAAUCGCCCAGAGUCCCAUCUGCAGUCCGAUGGAAUUAGUUAAAACUCGUAUCCAACUACAAGCCAACUCGACCAGUCGAUUCACCGGGCCUUUACAGUGUCUCGCGCACACGUACAAGCACGAGGGCUAUCGAGGAAUGUUCAAAGGUCUUGGGAUCACGCUGCUCAGGGAAGCGCCCAGCUUCGGUGUCUACUUCUUUACGUACGAGGCGAUCACGAAAACAUCGGAAACCGAACCAGUCUCGACGCCGUGGAUGCUACUAGCGGGCGGUGUUGCCGGGACCGCCUCCUGGGCGCUGACAUACCCCAUAGACGUGAUCAAGUCCCGAAUCCAAGCGAAUGGCGAUCGUUACACGGGAAUGAUCGAUUGCUUCAGAAGAUCGGUGAGAACCGAGGGCUAUUCUUGUCUGUACAAGGGCCUGAGUUCAACGAUCCUUCGUGCGUUCCCCACUAACGCCGUGACAUUCACCGUGGUCACGUGGACCUUUCGAAUGUUCGGGCGUGACCAGGCCCGUGAAACGUCCAAACGAAAAGAGCCCGAAACGAUCAAGACCGUCAUCAAAGCGUCCGACGCGAAUGAACCUUUCGUCGGCAAGUGGAACACCUUUCCGACAGGUGCUGCCUUGCAGACGGCGAUCAUACCGAAAUUCAGAUACACGGCGUUCUCGAUUAUGUCCACCAGCGACACGGUGCUCGGGCAGCCAGUCGCGUUGCAGCUCAACGGAGGAUCGCAAACGGACGUAAUGUACAGCGCGGCCGAACAGGUUCGCGGUGAUAAAUGCCACGAUGUUGCGGAGAGGUUAAGAGGAAACGAGGAUGAAGAAAGUGGUGAGAGGAAAGUGGAUUCGCCAGAUGGAACGGAGCAUCGGUGA